CGGAAUGUCUCGAUUUGUGUCCCGGAGUCGCGUUGGUAUCUGGAAUUUGCUGCCAUCAGUAUUGAAGGAGACAUUUUUGUAGCUUCGACUCCUUUCUCGCUUCAGUCACGGCCAUGGGCUCUCCCUUUCGUUGCAAGCCAUGUUAGCAAAACACGAUCAUGAUGCUUUCUUUACGUGUAAAUCCCUCCUCCUCUUUCGGCUUUCAGUCCGAAGUCCUCAGCACCACUUAUUUACCCUGAAGGUCCCAUCAAAGCCUAUUACUAACGCUGCAACAAGAAGCGACAGACCCAGUAGCUUCCUUGUUUAUUGCAACACCCAGAUCACGAAGCAUGGAAGAAACGGUCAGGUCGAAGAGGCUGAAUCCGUGUUCCGACGGAUGCCCUUCAGGAAUACCAUUUCGUGGACUGCCAUGCUCACCGCGUAUGCAGACAAUGGGCGGAUUCGGAACGCCCGGCAAAUGUUCGACGAAAUGCCCGACAGGAAUACUGCUUCGUAUAAUGCGAUGAUCACUGCCUACAUUCGCAACGAUUGGAAUGUCAAUAGAGCUUAUAAGUUGUUUGCUGAGAUUCCCGACCGCAACGCGGUCUCUUACGGUGCCAUGAUCACAGGGUUUGUUCGGGCAGGGAAGGUAGAUAAAGCAAAAGAACUUUACCUUUCGAUGCCAGUCGAGUGGCGAGAUCCUGUGUGCUCAAAUGCAUUGAUAAGUGGGUAUCUGAAGUUGGGGGCACUCGAAGAGGCAGUUUGGGUUUUUGAGGGUAUGGCACAAAGAGAUGUCGUUUCCUGGAGCUCUAUGUUGGACGGAUAUUGCAAGAAUGUUGGCGUGGGCGCUGCCAGAGGGUUGUUCGAUAAGAUGCCGGAGCGAAAUGUUGUAUCUUGGACUGCUAUGAUUAAUGGGUAUAUGAAGAUGGGGCAGUUUGAAUGUGGUUUUGAUCUUUUUCUGGAUAUGAGAAAGGAAGGAACAGUAAAGGUGAAUUCUACAACACUUACUGUUAUGUUUGAAGCUUGUGGUGAGUUUGGGAGAUCCCAAGAAGGAAUUGAGAUGCAUGGAUUAGUGUUUCAACUUGGACUUGAAUUUGACUUAUUUAUAAGAAAUUCCAUUAUCAAAAUGUAUUCUAGUUUCGGUUAUAUAGAUGAUGCUAUUAAGUUUUUUAACUCAAUGGACGAAAGGAAUGAAGUCACAUGGAAUAGUCUAAUCUCUGCUUAUGUCCAGAAUGAUAGUAUUGAAGAAGCCUAUCAUCUAUUUGCAAAGAUGCCCAGGAAGGAUGCAGUCUCUUGGACAACUAUUAUUUCAGGAUAUUUUGGAAACGGAAUGAUUGAUAGAUCGAUUAAGCUAUUUGAAAUGAUGCCUGUAAAAGAUGACAUUGCAUGGACAGCCAUGAUAUCUGGUUUUGUGAAGAAUGGCAAAUUUGAGGAGGCAUUCCAUUGGUACAUUCGAAUGCUUCGGAAAGCAAUCAAGCCGAAUCCUCUUACUUUGAGCAGUGUGCUUGGUGCUUCUGCUGGUUUGGCAACACUGAACCAUGGUGUACAGAUUCAUGCUCAUGUUUUGAAGAUGGACCUGGAGUGUGUUCUUUCUAUGCAGAACUCAUUAAUAUCGAUGUACUCAAAGUGUGGAAGUGUUCUUGAUGCCUACAGAAUAUUCACAGAAACAACUGACCCUAACAUAGUCUCUUAUAAUUCUAUCAUCACUGGGCUUGCUCAAAAUGGAUUUGGCACAGAAGCUCUCAGAUUAUUCAAAAAGAUGCAGAGUGCGAGUCAGGAGCCCAAUGGAGUUACAUUUCUUGCCAUUCUCUCUGCAUGCACUCAUGUGGGGCUUGUUGUAGAAGGAUGGAAUUAUUUAAAAUCCAUGAAGUCAUUAUACGGGAUAGAACCAGGGCCCGAUCAUUAUGCUUGCAUGGUUGACCUCCUUGGCCGAGCUGGAUUGCUGGAUGAAGCUAUUUGUUUGAUUAGUUCCAUGCCUCUGGAGCCCCACCCUGGUGUUUGGGGAGCGCUUCUUAGUGCAGGUAAGAUCCACUCGCGGGUUGAUGUUGCAGAGCUUGCAGCCCAAAGACUGAUCAAGUUGCAACCUGAUAAUGCAACAUCUUAUGUUGUUUUGUCCAACCUAUAUUAUACCUCUGGGAAGCAGGAUUUUUCUGACCAUGUUAGAAUGGCCCAGAAAUCUAAAAGAGUGAGAAAGAGUCCAGGAUGCAGUUGGAUUAUGAUGAAGGACAGUGUCCAUUUGUUUCUUGCGGGAGACAAAUCCCAUACAAGUAUCAGAGACAUAGAAGCUACUCUAUGCACUAUCUCAAAGGAAAUACUACUUUUAGAAUCUUAGUUCUAAUGACUCCUCAAUCCUCUCAUCCCAUCUAAUGACAAAUGAUUGUCGUUGAUAAUGGGGUGGCAAGUCAUCCAGGAUACUUCUGCAGACUGUUUCCUAGCAUAGAGCUAGAGCCUUUUUUGGGGUUGGUGCUUCUCUCUGAAAUGGAGAAUUUGAUCUUCCAUCUGUCUCAUCUGGUGGAUCAGCCUCCACUGCAGAUAAAUCGACAGUCAUUUCACUGCUCAACUUGGGUAUCUUUCUAACAAUAAAAGGAGUAGGCGAAUGUACUCGUGAAGGCCUUUUUGCCAUGCAGAAACUAAACCAACAAUUAGGAUGAUUCCCCCAAUCUUGUGCUUAAUUACUUUCAUGCUUCUUUUUAUUGCCUUUUGUUGACUGACAGGAACUUGCGAUGUGUUAAAGAAUGCACUUAGAUUUGGAAGCUACUGUUUCUGCUGGCAGUAGGAGAUGACCUGCAAUCUGUCCUUGACGUUCUUUGCCUGCCCAGCAGGGGACUGGUCACUGUGCAUUAGCGCCGAUGGUUGAAUCACACCUGACAUCCCUGAUGCUGGUAGGGUGGAACAUUUGA